AUGGUCUUCCCCGGCGACGAGGAAGACGCCGCAGCCACCUCCGCCGGCGACGCGGUGGUUCUAGAGAUCACCGACACAUCAUCCUCCGCCGCCGCCCGUGAUCCAUCCUCACCUCGUCCCCCACCGGUCUCCAUCUCUGACCUCGCGCGCUUCGACCCGCUCCCAUCCCCAACCGUCGCCGUUCGCGCUAAUCGAGAGCUCCUCCUACUUCCGCGCGCUCCUCGGCGGCAGCUUCAGGGUAUCUCAUGGACGCUGUCUGUGUGCAGUGAAUCCGGCCGAGAGCAUGUGAACGUGGGCUGCGAUUUGGAGGCUGCCGUGCAAGUGCUGCGCUACCUGUUUGAGCCUUCCGAGAGCUUCAACAUCACGCACAACAAUUUCCUCCUGCUGUUGGAGGGAGCUUUGUUUCUUGCUGUUGAGAGCCUUCUAGUGGAGUGUGAAAGAUGGUUCAGCACCAUAGCCUCUCAAACUUCCGCCAUUUUUUCAGCUCCAUUAGAUUUCAUAAUUGAAGUCUGGGACUUUGCUCAAGAGCAUGGUGUUACUUUUGUUCAAGAAAUUUGCCGAGAAUAUCUAGCUCAGAAUUUUGCACAUGUUAUCUCAAGAAGGUCAUUUAAUAAAAUACCUUAUGAUUUGCUAUGUUCAACGAUCGAAUGUCCACAUCUGACGGUGGAUAGUGAAAAGCAAUUGUGUGAAGCAAUUUUGUAUUGGGUUUCAGAAAAUAUGAAAACCUGUGAACAAUCAUACCCCAACUCUGUAGAUGGCCACCUCUUCCUUCUUAGCAAGGUGAAGAUAUGCCUUUUACCGUUGGGAUUUGCGGCAGGGACAAAGAGGCAUUGGUUUGACUUUGGAAACAACAUCGUCUGCACAAUUCUUGAUCUUCUCAAGGACAGUUUGAAAACUUUAUUGGAUGCUAUUGCUGAUGGUAACUUGGAGAGAUAUUGCAUUCGAAUAACAGAAUAUUCGAAGAACAUAGUGCUUUCAGGAUGUCCCCAAGUAACUACAGCAUUCUUGUACAUAUCUGUUCUCCCUACUGAUCUGGAUGUUUCAUUUAAGAGAAGGAUAGUGAGUUCAUACACCCAGGUUGAUCAUCGAAGCUUCAUUCUUUAUAAUGAACUAGAGAAGGCUGCUAAAACCUUAUCAUUCAAGAAUGUACACAUGGUGGAUAUUUCAAAAUGUCCAAAUGUUCAUUUUGGCGCAGCAAUUGACUGGUUGAAGUUGUUUUUUCCAGAAUUAAGGAUAUUCAGGGUUUCACAUUGUUUAUCCUUUCAAUUUGAUGAUUUGCUAUAUCUGUUGCUGAGAUGUCCGUGGAUUGAUGAAAUUGAUAUGACUGUUGAUACAAGCACUGUAACACCCAAACAUUCAGUAGUCUCGUCUAGUUCUGAAGUCCUAAGCAAAGUGAAACCAAAUCAGAAAAGAUAUGGCAUACAUUGUCCACCAUAUGACAGACAACUGAAUUCGAUUUUCUUAAAUAUAUCAAGAUUGACAUUGGAAGGCAGAAGUGAUAUUGAUGAUGUGGGCUUGCUGGAGAUAUCUGUUUUGAAAAAUUCUCUGUGCUAUAUAAACAUUAGAAACUGCUUCCUGUUAACAGAUGAUGGUAUUUCUUACCUUCUGAUGAAGUGUACAAAGAUCCAUUCAAUGGUUCUUUCUUAUACUUCUUUUGGAAAUCGAUCAAUUCAAACACUAUGCGCUACCAAUCCUUCUGGCCACAACAGUGUACAUGCUCAUGUUAUGGCAUUUUAUAUGCAAGAAUUACAUCUGGAUGGCUGCAAAGGUAUUGACUCUGCUGCUUUGUCGCAGCUAAUGAGCAUUAUAAGCAUCACAAAGUUUCUGAGCUUAAGGGAAACAUCACUUACAGAUGGUGCACUCUGCAAGUUUGUUGGCUCUAGUCUCGAGUAUCUUGACGUUUCAGAGACUGUGAUUUCUAUGGUAUCAUUAGCUCCAGUUAUACGAAGAAAUUAUAAAUUGAACUGUCUGAAAACAGCUGGAUGCCGUAGUCUUCUGUUGGAAUGUGAUAAUGUAGAAAAUAUCAGUGGUAACAAGUACGGAGAUUUUCUACAGGAGGUAGGAACUACCUGCUGUUUGGAGGAUGUUGAAAUGGGCUGGGGAUUUUGCCCUAUUCGAAUUGAAGAUCUUGCUCCUUCUUUUAGUAAAGUAAGGAAGAUGACAAUUGGUCUUGGCACAGCAUUAGCUGAGAAUGUCAUGUGUGCUCUUCCUAUGAUUUGCCCAUUCCUCGAGUCUUUGAUUCUGAGGUUUCAGGUGAUAUCUGACAGAGUUGUUAGAAAUCUAUUGGAAUCAGCAGUAAAUCUUCAUGUGCUUUGCCUGCACUAUUGUCUUGGCAGUUUAACUUCAUUUAGUUUCCAAACAAAAGCACCUGCAUUAAGAGUAUUGCAGCUUCAUUGGGUUACUCCAUGGCUUACAAAUGAUGACUUGACAAUCCUUACAGAGAAUUGCAAUUUAGCUGAACUUUCACUGUCCGGUUGCAAACUCCUUGACUCCAACUCUCAAGACAUUAUCUCAUCUGGGUGGCCAAACUUGGCACUUUUACACCUUGAGGAAUGUGGUAAAAUAACAGUUGAAGGGGUUUCUUCUUUUCUCAGUUGUAAAGCUUUGGAAGACAUCCUACUACGGCACACGGGUAGGGGCAUUGGAAGGAGCAUCAUAGACGAUGCUAUCAGAGAGUUACCACUACUGCGGAAGCUGGCUUUGGAUCUAUGCGAUGCCUGUGAAGAAGGUUACGAUAGCCCGAAUAAUGCGGAAGGAAAGAUGAUUAGAAGUGUAAGGAUGAGUCGAUGCAAGACAAUGAAGGGGUCCUGUUUGGAGGUCCCGAGACAAGGGUCUUCAAGGCCGGUGCACAAGGACACCGUAGUGCUGGAAUGGAGCAGCAGAAGGCUCACAACGACCAUAGUGAGUGAAAGAGUGUGA